ACAGCGCAACAAACGCUCCCCUAUACUGUGCGCCUCUCCCCGUCGCCCCCUCGGCAGUCGGCACGCCAUGCGAGCCUCUCAGACCCAAAGACCGCAGCCACUGCCGCUGCCGCUGCCUCCUCCUCCUCUCUGUCUGCCGUCGCCGCCCGCCGCCCCUCGCCGCGGGCGCCACCGCAGCUCCUACUCAUCCUCCUCCUCGUCCUCUUCAUCCGUCUCCAGCGCCUCAACCUUCUGCCCGUCGCCGUCGCCCGCCGCGUCCCCUCUCGGCAGGAGUAGCACCUCCUCCCUCGUGCCCUUCUCGUGGGAGCGCCACCCGGGCGUGCCCAAGAACUCGUUCCGCAGCGGCCUCGCCUCCCCGACGGGCACGCCGCUCCCGCUCCCGCCGCCGCUCCGCCCGGCCCCUCGACGCCGGCGCCCGCGCCCGCGCCCGCGCGCCAAAGGCCCUGCUGCGUCCGCCGCCGCCACCUCCGACGCCAGCGGCGACCCCUUCGUCGCCGCCUUCGCCGAGUGCACCAGGGACGACGGCGAGGACGACGAGGCGGAUAACGGCGCGGACGCCGUGACGACCGCGGGCAAAGACAAGCUCUGGCUGGCGCCGGCGAAGCCUACGGUAUCUGGCCGCGCCGCGCGCCCGUGUCGGCCUGCCACCGGCGGGUUCCUCGGCUUCCUCGACCUCUACGGGUGCAAGAGCGCCAUGGCGGUCGCCGAUGGCGCCUUCCUUGCCCGCAGACCCGUCGCAGCACGUCCCGGGCCAGCAUCAGGCCGAGCAACACGGAGAUAAGUGAACAUAUUAAUCUGAUGAAACCUUAUUAAGGUGUGUAGAUAUAUUUGUGCCAAAAUGUACUGGAUCAUUGCUCUGCUCUUUUAGAGGCGUAUAACUUAAUUGAUGCCUGCAUUACCAAAAUUUACCGGAUCAUUAGCAUACUAUAUAUAGCUGCUUUUUUCUCUAAUUUGAGCUGUGUGCUUGCAUUGAUGGAUGAUGAAGCUACAUGUAUUUUACAAUCACGGUUGAUUGCUACUGUGUGCUGGUUUGCAGCUGCUGUAAUCAUGCUCAUGCCUGGCAAUUACCAAGAGGGUUAUAAUACUAGUAAAACUUUGGCCUUCUUCA